AUGGCAAGCUCGCAGAGGCCUCCCCCUUCCCCUUCGGAGCUGGAGGCAUCCCAAGCAUCAGGUGGUCAGAGAGCCUCAGAUCAGCCGACGAAGAAGUAGAUCUGAGUGAGAUCUUCAUCGAUGAAUGUGUGUGUCCCCUGUGUUGGUCAGGCCGGCAGGGCACCACCGUCAUCCAUCCAUCCGUCAGCAUCAGCGCCAACCAAACAAGCCGCGUAGACCGGCCAGCGACGCACAGGCACGCCAUGAGGCUGCAGCCCGGCCAGAAGAAAGACACUCAGUGGUGUCUUGCUGCGUAUUCCUGUCUGUGACUUGAAGAGGCCAUGACUGACGGAGUGGUUGACGUGGGCAUCUUCAAGUGCGGCCGCAACGUGCUGGAGGACUUGUCCCGCCCCGGCGAGCACUUCUACGAGCUGAACGCGCUUGUGCCAGACCGCGACAAGGAGCGCAUCUAUCUGCCCAUCGACCUCUGCCGCACCAGCGUCAAUUAGGGAUGAGCCAGUCGCAUAGAAAGUCGCCACACGUGUGUCACAAUGCUCUGAUGUGUGUCCAGCUUCUACACCAAGGACAGGAAUGGCCGCAAGUCACUGCUGCCACGCGGAGUACUGCCCAGCGACAAGUGAGCGGCGUGCAAUACACCAGUAGACAAGGCGCAUUCAUCGUUCAUUGGGAUGGGUGGGGGUCUGCUGAUCAGUAUGGGUGUGCCCAAUGGCAAUGGUGCCACACUGCGGCGCCAGGAGGUGUCUUCACCAACCACAGCCGGCCAGGGCGGCGGUGAUGUGUUUACUCGGUCGCCGUCGGGUGUGUUCUAUCAAGUGGUGCAGCAUGGCAGUGGGCCCAAACCGACAAGUGACCAGCGCGUCAGGUACGACUACAUGGGGUGGCGUGACGACUUCGACGGACAAGACGCGACAGGGGAGGGCCGUGGGCUGGUGUUAUGUGUGUCUGGACAACCUGAGUGGUGGCAGGAGGUCUUCACUGACAUGCGUGUGGGUGAGGUGCGGCGGGUCAUCAAGCCGGCCAGACUCAGCUCCACUGGAAAGGAGGUGUACAAAGAGUAUAGGCUGGUGGCCAUCCUGUGAGCACUGUCUCCUGGUGUGCUCCGUGUGCGUCUGUGGCGGUGAG